CGGGCUCAGAAACGGCGGCCGAAAGGGGAGGCUCUGGUUGGUUGCGGCGUGUUCCAUUCUGUCCUCACGCUGCCUGCUUCUGCCUCGCGCCGCUCUCUGUCUCCUCUCUCUCUCUUGCGCGCGCGCACUCUCAACCAUGGCCAGCUACAGCGUGGAGGAACGCGGCUGCUCCAAUAGCCUGGACUACAGGAUUUAUUUCAAAAAUGAUCAAGGUGAAUAUAUUUCUCCGUUCCAUGACAUUCCAAUAAAUGGAGAUCCUGGCAAGGGAAACUUCAUCUCAUGGGUUCUACGCAGCUUCAGUGACAGCACAGAUGUAUUCAACAUGGUUGUGGAAAUACCUCGAUGGACUAAUGCUAAGAUGGAGAUUGCAACCAAAGAUCCUCUAAAUCCGAUUAAACAAGAUGUGAAGAAAGGAAAGCUGCGUUAUGUUGCUAAUGUGUUUCCUCACAAGGGAUAUAUCUGGAAUUACGGUGCUAUUCCACAGACUUGGGAAGAUCCGGCACAUAAAGAUGAAAACACUGGCUGUUGUGGAGAUAACGAUCCAAUCGAUGUCUGUGAAAUUGGAAGCAAGGUAUGCAGUAGAGGAGAAAUAAUUCAAGUGAAAGUUCUAGGCACAUUGGCACUAAUUGAUGAGGGUGAAACAGACUGGAAGAUUAUUGCAAUUAACAUUGAAGAUCCUGACGCUGCUAAAUUUAACAAUAUUGAUGAUGUCAGGAGGAUUAAACCUGGAUACCUGGAGGCUACAGUGGACUGGUUUAGAAAAUACAAAGUACCUGACGGGAAGCCAGAAAACCAGUUUGCAUUUAAUGGAGAAUUUAAAGACAGGGACUUUGCCAUUGAUGUUAUCAAAAGCACACAUAAAUUUUGGAAGGCGCUAGUAACUAAAAAAACAGAUGGAGGAGAGAUUUGCUGCACAAAUACAACUUUGGCGGACAGCUCCUUCUGUUGCAGUCAAACAUCUGCUGCAUCAACUGUGACAUUGGCACCUGCCUGUGGGCCUGCUCAUCCAAAACCUGUUGAUGUGGACAAAUGGUUUUACUGCUAGAAAUAGUGAAUUCGAGUCAGAUGCAGAGAUGCUGCAGUAGCUGCUGUGUUGAUCACCAGGAAACGCCUAUGGAGAACUAGAUGAAAAGCCAAGAACAUCCGUUGCCAGAAGAAUCCUGUUUUCAAAUGGCCUAUUAUAACAGACUUACCCAUAAUGUGUGCUCAAAACAUAUAAAGAGCAUGCAUAAUUUGAAUAUUUCUUGUGAAAUACCAGUUUAUCAAUCUUCAUAUAUCAUGGCAUUCACUGUUAUGUAAGGAAAUUUUGCAUAGACAGUCAUAUUUUGUUGCUUCCUGGAUAAAAAACAUUUUUGCUGCAAACUCA